GGGAGUUGGAGGCAAUAACUAGUCGUGUUCAGAGGGGCGCAAGCUACGAUUUCUGCAGAACCUAGGGGCAUUUCCACGGCUUUUCCUGCAGUUGAACCUUUUCCUCUGGCCCAGAUGCUUUUCAAUUCGGUGCUCCGCCAGCCCCAGUUCGGCGUCCCGAGAAAUGGAUGGUCUUCACAGUACCCUCUACAGUCCCUUCUAACUGGUUAUCAGUGCAACUGUAAUGAUGAGCACACUUCUUAUGGAGAAACAGGAGUCCCAGUUCCUCCUUUUGGAUGUACCUUCUGUUCUGCUCCCAAUAUGGAGCAUAUACUAGCAGUUGCCAAUGAAGAAGGCUUCGUUAGGUUAUAUAACACAGAAUCACAAGCCAAUCGAAAGAAGUGUGUCAAAGAAUGGAUGGCUCACUGGAAUGCUGUCUUUGAUCUGGCCUGGGUUCCUGGUGAACUUAAGCUUGUUACAGCAGCAGGUGAUCAAACAGCCAAAUUUUGGGAUGUAAAAGCUGGUGAGCUGAUUGGAACAUGCAAAGGUCAUCAGUGCAGCCUCAAAUCAGUUGCCUUUUCUAAGUUUGAGAAAGCCGUCUUCUGUACAGGUGGAAGAGAUGGCAACAUUAUGGUCUGGGACACCAGGUGCAACAAAAAAGAUGGAUUUUAUAGGCAAGUGAAUCAAAUCAGUGGAGCUCACAAUACCUUAGACAAGCAAACCCCUUCAAAACCUAAGAAGAAACAGAAUUCAAAAGGACUUGCUCCUUCUGUGGAUUUCCAGCAGAGUGUUACUGUGGUCCUCUUUCAAGAUGAGAAUACAUUAGUCUCGGCGGGAGCUGUGGAUGGGGUAAUCAAAAUAUGGGAUUUACGGAAGAAUUAUACUGCUUAUCGACAGGAACCCAUAGCAUCCAAGUCUUUUCUGUACCCAGGUAGCAGCACUCGAAAACUAGGAUACUCAAGUCUGAUUUUGGAUUCCACGGGCUCUACUUUAUUUGCUAACUGCACAGAUGACAACAUCUACAUGUUCAAUAUGACUGGAUUAAAGACUUCUCCAGUGGCUAUCUUCAAUGGACAUCAAAACUCUACCUUCUAUGUUAAAUCCAGUCUUAGUCCAGAUGACCAGUUUUUAGUCAGUGGCUCAAGUGAUGAAGCUGCCUAUAUCUGGAAGGUCUCCACACCCUGGCAUCCUCCUACGGUACUCCAGGGUCACUCUCAAGAGGUCACAUCUGUGUGCUGGUGUCCAUCAGACUUCACAAAGAUUGCUACCUGCUCUGAUGACAAUACACUGAAAAUCUGGCGUUUGAAUAGAGGCUUAGAGGAGAAAUCAGGAGGAGAUAAGCUCUCCAUAGUGGGUUGGGCAUCUCAGAAGAAAAAAGAGGCGAGAGCUGACCUAGUAACAGUGACAAGUAGCCAGAGCACUCCUGCCAAAGCCCCCAGAGUAAAGAGCAGUCCAUCUAUUUCUUCCCCAUCAUCAGCAGCUUGUGCUCCAAGCUGUGCAGGAGACCUCCCUCUUCCUUCAAAUACUCCCACAUUCUCUAUUAAAACCCCUCCUGCCAAAGCCCGGUCUCCCAUCAGCAGAAGAGGCUCUGUGUCCUCGGUCUCUCCCAAGCCACCCUCGUCUUUCAAGAUGUCCAUUAGAAACUGGAUGACCCGAACACCAUCCUCCUCACCACCCAUCACGCCACCUGCUUCUGAAAGCAAGAUCACUUCUCCAAGAAAAGCCCUCAUUCCUGUGAGCCUAAAAUCAUCCCAAGCAGUGGCUUGCUCUGAGUCCAGAAAUCGAGUCAAGAGGAGGCUGGACUCAAGUUGUCUGGAGAGUGUGAAACAGAAGUGUGUGAAGAGUUGCAACUGUGUGACUGAGCUUGAUGACCCAGUUGAAAAGCUUCAUUUGGAUCUGUGCUGCCUUGCUGGUAGCCAGGAAGACCUUGGUAAGGACUCUCUAGGUCCUCCCAAACCAAGCAAGAUUGAAGGAGCUAGUAUGAGUAUCUCAGAGCCUCCUUCUCCCGCCAGUCCUUAUGCUUCAGAAAGCUGCGGAACACUACCUCUUCCUUUGGGAUCUUGUGGAGAAGGGUCUGAGGUGGUAGGCAAAGAGAAUAGCUCCCCGGAGAAUAAAAACUGGUUAUUGGCCAUGGCGGCCAAACGGAAGGCUGAGAAUUCAUCUCCCCGAAGUCCAUCCUCCCAGACCCCCAAUUCUAGGAGACAGAGUGGAAAGACUUCUCCAGGCCCGGUCACUAUUACUCCCAGCUCCAUGAGGAAAAUCUGUACAUACUUCCAUAGAAAAUCUCAAGAUGACUACUGUAGUCCCGAACAGUCAACAGAAUUAUAGAUUCUAAUCUGAGUGAGUUAACUGAACUUUGGCCCCUUAAAACAAGACAAAAAAUACAACAGACUGAUUCAGUAACUCUGAUCUUUAAGAAAGCUACCAUUCAUUUUCAGAGAAAAAUCGUUUCAACUCUGAAGCUUACCUACUCUGGUUCUAAGCUUAUAUGCAGCUUCCUUGGGGUGAAUGCUGUGUUUAAAUUCCAUAAAGUAAGUUUGUCACUCUGUAACAUUUUGAAUGAGUAGUCUUCACUUUUUAAAUUAUGCCUCUUCUCUACAAUAAUGACAUCCCAGCUCAUAGAGGCAAAAAGUAAGACUUGUCUCUUGUUACUCUGAGACUGUGGGUACACAGUGGAAAAUAUCUGCUGGUCACAGCAGGAGGCCUGUCUGUGAAGGCCAAGUGCUGAAGAAGUCUUCUGCUGGGGACCCCUGGAUCUGUGCUGCCUCAAACAAAUAUAAUUUCAUUUAAAAUUUA